UUUUUCUGGAUGGGGCCACUGUCGGAGGAGACAGAUUUCGCAACCCUAAUGAUCGUAGCAAUUAGCACGCCUAUUUUGAAAAACAUAUUGGAUCAUUUUUCUCUUUGCUUGCUGAAAGAAAUAGUGAAAAUCGCAUGUCAGACUCCUAACCUUACAAAUAUUUACACGUUGAUUGGUUUAAAUUUAACUGGACUAAGAUUGAAUCAAAAGUCGAUAGUGGUAAAAGCCAAUGAUAAUCCUGUUACAAGGUCGCUUCAAUCUGUUCUUAUCAUUGGCCAAAAAUAUAUUUAGAAUAUGUAAAGUGAAUUUAUUCAUCAGGUUUCAGUCUUUUUCUUUGUCCACGCUAACGGCUUUAUCGAUGCCGCUAGGUGGAGGCCUCGAGGAGGCUUUUUCUGUAUUCGGUGACCUCAGACAUGGACCACGUGCUGAAUAUUAUUUUAAAUGGUCCCUACUUAGUUUUAUCAUCUGUCUAUCAAUUCACCAUAUUAUCAGCCCUUGGAUAUUUAAUCGGUAUAAUGGAUCAUAUCGCAAUUUGUCUCGAGCCCAGAAAAUGGAAUGGGAUUCUCGAGCAGUAUCAUCUAUACAUGCAACUAUUGUUAGUGUUCUAUGUGUAACAGCUCUAGUUACUAAUCCUGAUCUCUGGAAUAAUCCAAUUGUGUGUGUAUCUCAUUCCGGUCUUAUUGCACUAUCUAUUUCCAUUGGUUACUUUCUUUGUGAUGCUGUUUCUAUGCCAUUCUAUUGGUGGAACAAACAACUGAUCAUAUUUCUUUUACAUCACUGGGCUGCAUCUUUUGCAUUUUUCCUCCUUGUGCAAUAUCGAAGUUGUGUAUUCUUUGGAGUUUAUCGUUUAACAACAGAAUUAUCUACACCGUUUGUCAAUCAAAGAUGGUUUUAUCGUACAAUUGGUUACAAACCUGAUCGUCGUCGUGUUGCAUGUGUAACUUUAAUAUUUGCAAUAUUCUUUAUUAUAACACGUAAUCUAAUGAUUUUCCCAUUCUGGUAUAUAGCAUAUAUCACUUAUGGAAGUGAGACAUAUAAAAUUUGUGUUGAAUAUUUCCCAUUAAUGAAUACUGUUUUUAUUACUACAUGUGGAUUACUUGAUGGAUUAAAUAUUCAUUGGGCAUUUCGAACAUAUCGUAUUGGUUUAAAAUCGAUUAAAAUAUUAUCAACUGCUGAUUGGCAAGGUGAUAUUCGUAAAGCUCAAGCAAAAUUACAUAAACGUUUACGUAAUCUCCAAAAAUUUAAUACUCAUGAUAAUCAAAUGAGUAUAACUACAAAAUCAUCUCUAACAGAUAAUCAUUUAAGUCAAACUUCACUGGAUAGUGGUAAUAGUGGAAUAUCAUCUUUAUCAAGCUAUUCUUCUGACAGUGAACAUGAAUCAACAUAUUCUAGCUUAGAACUUAGUAUAUCUAAUAUGAAUCAAGAAAAUAUACAAUCAUCAGAUAAUCUGUAUCCAAAUACUCUAUCUCAUAAUUUAAUUGAUGGUAAUGACACUGAAUUAACACAACGAUUAAAAAAUCAGGAUGUUCAACAUUCAUUAAUUCAAUAAGCAAAUUUUCAAAGACUAUUCAUUCAUUAUUUAUCAGUUUUUAAAAAAAAUCCGAAUUCUGCAUAAUAAAGAAAGUCGUGUGUGUGCGUGUAUGUGUGGCUUUCAACCUCUUCUUAUCAUCGAAUAACAAACACAGCGUUAAACUUCAACAGCUGAUUAUCAUGAAGAUUAGAGAGUAUACUGUACAGUUAAUGGUUAAUAAAUUCUAUCAUUCGUCAUCUUUAGGGUUAUUUAUUGGUUGUAUUACACCGUCGUUGAUUGGGCCGAAUUGAUCAAUUUCUAUUGGCGGAUGCUCAUAUAUUGCCUGUGUUUUUAAUUAUGUAUAGUAAUGAUAAAUUUUACUGCUAUCCAUUACCCAUUAUUCGUCAUCUUUAUUAUAAAUCAUUUUCUUAACUGAAAGAAAGAUAUGAUGUGAAUUUUUAAAGCAAAAUAUAAUUGUUUCCUUGUAUGAACUUUUAUUUUUGAUUAUAUUUUAAAACUAUGCUUUUCAGUAUUAAAAUUAAAAAAAUAUUGCAACUAAUUUGUUUG